AUGUCUCAUCCGAAGACUUAUUUCAUUCUUCCUACGACAGCGUACGCUCCAAAUGAUCUCAUCAAGCUGGGGCAAGUUAUCGCAAACCCCAGAAUUCCAUACCAGCGUCUCGCUGAACCGCUCCCGCUUGAGGGAAAGCUUAUUCCUCGCAAAGCAGCGGUUGCGGAGUGGAGCGCCUCCUGGGUCGACAGCAGCGCCGCCAACGCAGGGGUUUUCGCGCAUAUGCUCGGGCUCCUGACGGCGAAAGUAUCGGCUAAACACUCUCAGAAAGAAACGAGCAAAUGGGAAGGCACACUGUUGGAGACGAGCUUCAUCGAGCUAGAUGAAAAUCCAGAAUACGUGCAGCAAACCGCCACGCAGGUUCCGGCGGUGUCGAAGUGGUUAAUGGAGAACCGGCUGUUUGGGGGAACGGUGUAUAUGAUUACGGGGAUAAAGACGGCUAUCAAGCCUGGCAAAGCCACUUACGAUGCUGUAGCUGAAAGGGACAUCGCGGCAAAGCUCGAGGCCACGGUGGCCCUCGAUCCCGGGACAGGAGGGGUUCCGACGGCGAAAAUUGGGGCCGAGGCGGGGUAUAAUACCGCUGGAGAUAUCCAUUUACAGGGCACGCCGCAAGAUAGCUUCGUGUUCGCGUAUCAAUUGCGCAAACUCCACAUUAGCUGGUAUCCUAAGCUUUAUUCUUUAGGAGAGCACCUCGGAGGUGCAGACUUGAAUAGCGCCGGGGAUUCGAAUAUUCUGCGCGAGAGAAUACGCAGCCAAGCCGAGAAAGAUGCUGAAUACGAAAUCGGUGGUGUGAAAUAUGAGGCAGAGGACUUUGGGGCCUUAUUACCGAAAAGGGAUGUUAAAAUCAACGGUGUUGAUGAUUGUGAUGGAGAGCAGUGCUUGAUGAUCCAGGCAACAAUAGGUUGA